GGGCAAAUAUAUCCUGAAAGCUGUGAUAUAGAUCCUACGAUGAAUCCGAAAGACUGCAGAGAUACUGACGGAACAACAGUCUAUAUAAUUGGAUCGUAUACGUUACCUGAUAGUACAUCCUGUGUCCUAAGGUAUGGAGAGGACGAGUGGUACAAUGUGACUUGUCGUGACGGAAUGCUUAUCAUUUCUUCUCCAGAAGAGAAAAGCUUAAUGAGAAUAAAGCGCCAGGCAGCAACACCUUCAGCCUAUGAUAUUGCAAACUCUCAACAAGUCAGUCGUGUUGGUGGCUUCACAGCAGCUGGUGCCAAGGUCGGAUCAGCAUUUGGACCUAAAGGCACAGCUGUUGGUGCUGGAAUAGGAUUUAUAGCGGAUUUCAUUUGCAUUUUUGUUUGCCAUCAUGAUGAUCCGCCACCUCCAAACAAACCACCGUCAAUAAGUAAAUCCGCUGCAUUGACCACCGCAACACCAAUAAUGGCAGGGGAAGGAAACACGACGGCAAAAGUUACUUGGGAGCCUCCGAGUAUGACGGAUCCUGAAGACGGAAACAUAAAAGUUGUGACAUCACCAUCAAAUUUUAAAAAUGGCGGUGAAUAUUCUGAGGGAACUUACGUGGUUUACUUCGUUGGGACUGACAGUGGCGGUCUAUCUGCGACAGCCUAUCUGUCGUUUCAAGUCCAAGCAAAGGCCUGUGCCAAAGCACCUUCUAUACCACACGGCGAGGUUCAAUGUCUCAACAAUAAAAUGGUGUACGAUAAUUUGUGUGAGGCAGUGUGUAAUGAUGGUUUUCAAGUGCAUGGUAUGCAUAUAAUGGGAUGUGAUACAAAUGGAAAAUGGGGUACUUCACCGGUUUGUAAAGAUGUACUUCCACCACGAUUUUUGUCGGGAGAAUGUCCAAAUGACAUGCAAGUAUAUAUCGAUUCGACAAACAAUACGGCCAAAGUGUCCUGGGAAGAACCAAAUGGCGAAGAUAAUUCAAAAGAGACAGUGACGAUUACUGAAAUACACGGUCAUAAACCUGGGCAGAGAUUUGAAGCUGGUUCUCAUACCAUUAAAUACACAAUUGAAGAUAAAGAACACAACAGGGGUGACAGUUGUGUGUUUAACGUUCAGGUUUUAACAAUUAGCUGCUCUCCGCCCAAUCUGCAUGUGACUGGUGGGGACCAUCUGAAAUAUGAUUGUCAAAACUCAUAUAGACUUGGUGCCGAAUGUUCAUUGGCAUGUAAAUCAGGGUAUCCAAUGGGUGGAGUAGACAGAAUACAAUGCUUAUCUGACAAGACAAGUUAUCCACCAAAAUUAGAUUGGAAUUGGGAGGUCGGAGGACUAGCGCCAUUUUGUAAAGAAACGAACUGCUCUAGAGAUGCGCUGAAUGAACCGAUUAACGGCGCACUGGCUUGCAGCCAGUGGACACAUGGUCAAAUGUGCCAGAUGCAAUGUAACAAUGGAUAUGACAUACCCAAUAUUGGUGAUGGCUUGUACGUGUGUGGGCGUUCUACCGGUAAAUGGAGGCCGUCUGGUAAAGUUCCAGACUGUGAUACGAAGAUAGACGUAAACAACAUGCACCUGCCGAAUGAAUUUUACUACUACACAGGAAAAUGUAACAGUUCAACUCAGAAUAUGAACCAAAUUAAAGAAAAUUUUGUUCAAGCUCUAAACAGCUCCAAAUUUCCAGAAGAAUGUGUCGGAGUGCCAGAGUGCCAAGCUAAAUUUGUUGACGUAACUUGCGGACCUAUCACGUCUCGCCGCAAACGUGAUUUGAAUUCCAACGUUUACAGGCGGUCGGUUUCAAAGCUCGCAUACACCCUGCGAUUUGAAUUUAUUCUACCAUAUAAGUCAGUGGCUGGAAAAGCUCCAGACGAUAUAUUUGCGGAAAACGAAGAUCGUCUCUAUAAAAUGUCCGAUGUAAUACAGAAAGAAGUGAAUGCCGGACAUUUUGACCUUCACGUUAGUGACUUGCGGGUAGAGAGCGAUUCGUACGGACCUGGAAAUCCGUCCAUGUUAUGUCCUUCUGGGACUAUUCCGAGAAAAGAAUCGGCGUCAUGUGUUGGAUGUCCAAAAGGCAGUUAUGCUACAAAGGCGGGAAGAUGUGUAGAAUGUCCUAUAGGAACAUACCAAAACUCUACAAACUCAUUAAAAUGUGAGCCUUGUCCACCGAAUACAAAUACAACUGAAGGUGGUGCUGAAAACAUAACACAAUGUUUAGAGUAUUGUGCAAAAGGUGAAUUUUCGCCAAAUAUGCUUGCACCUUGCACAAAAUGUCCUAGCAAUUCCUACCAACCGAGCGAAAAAUCUAAAAGCUGCAUCAGAUGCAAUAGCAAUACCAGAAGUCCUAGUGAUGGAGCCACGUCAAAAUCACAGUGUAAAGAAUACGAUGUUCAGCUGAAUAAAAUCAAAGCAAAAAUGGAGAACAAGGUGACACAUGAUGCGAUCUCUCUGUUCAUGUGGAUUUAUAUCAGCGAUACAAAGACAGAUGCUGCAGUUGAAAUAGAAAAUUCUGCGACUAACUCGAAACUUUCGUUAACUUUUACUCCAACGAUUAGAAUCAAACAAUCGGGGGAAGAUGUCAACACUAGACAAAAGGUACAGUCAGCCGCUUGGACAAAUAUUGCUUUUAGCAUUGAUAAGCCAUCAAACGAAGUCAUAUUGUACAUCAACGGGAAAGCCCUUUUUAAGAAUGCAUCUUUCGUGGUUUCGAAAUCUCAUAUUUUAGAGCCAGACGAUUUGAUUGGAUUAUAUGGAGAUAUAAAGAUAUCUGCGUUCAGUGUUUUGCCAAGGAAGGUUUCCCCUUCAGACGUUUCCACCUGGUCAACUACUUGUUCGCCUUCUAUUGCUGGGACCAUAAUUUCCAUGGAUGACCUUGCCGAGGCAGAUAGUGUCAACAUUGUCAUCCCAUCAGUCUGCGAUGCUGUAAAUGAAUGCACCAGCUCUCCAUGUGGUACUCAUAAAUGCAUCAAUAAGCUUGGCAGUUAUGAGUGUUUGUGUUCUGGAGGAUUUACUGGAAGACAGUGUCAAAUCCCACCAGAUUAUUGUAAGAAUAAUAACUGUAAGAACGGAGCUGCAUGUGCCAAUGGAACAGGAAACUACACAUGCCAGUGUCCAUAUGGAUAUAGUGGCAGAUUGUGUGAAAUAAAAGCAGUCGAUGGUGAAUGGUCUGCUUGGACAAACGGGACAAGUUGUUCAAUGUCAUGUGGUGGUGGAAUUGCAAUCAGAACAAGAAGAUGUGAUAGUCCGCCACCAGACACUGAGGGUAAUCAGUGUGUGGGAAAUAGCAGCGAGACAAUCUCUUGUAAAGAAGAAAAGUGUCCCGAGUGCACGAACUUAAGAAGAACCUAUGGCUUAAUCAUCACAUGCAAUGAAACAUCGGAACUGCGGCAUUGUUCUAUAACCUGCAGAACAGGCCUGUAUUUUACACAUCCCCCAUUGCCAUAUUAUGAAUGUGGUGUGGCUACCGGGUAUAAAUGGAAUCAUCAGAAUGAGAAAAACCCUACUGGAAGACUACCGUCUUGCUCUGAACUCGAGCCACCAGUUGAGAUAGGUGUGAACUUUGAAGGCAAUUACGAUUCUAUUCCAUGCACGGCCAACAACAAGAAAACGAUUAAGGACUCUAUAGAAACUAAGUUGUCUGCCCUCGACUGCAGCAAGGCUGGCUCAUGUGAAACAAAAAUAAAUGAACCUGUAUGUACAAAGUCAAAGAAAAAGAGGGCCACCGGAAGUUCAAUGACCGUGACUAUUGGACUUCAUGCGCCCAUAAACAGCAAGAAAGAUACUUUCAAUGUUGCUGGUUUGCUUCAAAAUAAAUCAGCGCCGUCAAAAGAGCUUGCUGAUUUUGUACGAAAGACUCUUGAACUGGAGAAGUCGGCGCAGACAUUAAUGAAUCAUUCAGUUGAUUUCUUCCAAGUUACAAUAGACGGGACCAAACAUUCGCUCGCAUCUGGCUUACCGCCAACAUAUAGGCCAGAUACCAGAUGCCCUAGCGGCACAGUGCGUAUUGAAGUAUUUUGUGCUGUAUGCCCUGUCGGGUCCUAUUCAGACGGACGAACUGUUACCAUGUGUCCAAGAGGUCAAUAUCAAGAUGCGAAAGGGCAGUCAACUUGCAAACAAUGCCCUUUCGGUAAAACCACAGCAGGAAUCGGCUCCAUUCAUGUUUCAGAAUGCUCAGUUAUGGACAAGUCUCCUGCUGGUUCGUCGUCGGCAAACAAAGAUGGUGUAAGCGAUGCUCUCCAGAUAGGAAUCGGCGUGUCUGUGUCAAUAGCACUCCUCACCUUGGCUACUGUUGGCGUUAUACUAGCAUGUAAACACUUCAAUAAAAAGAAGAGCAGUGUUAAUGACAGCCAUCUUGAUUUACACACUACGGGAUACUUUCACAUGCCGAGUAAGCCAGUGUUUGAAAAACAACCGCUAUAAACUUGUAUGCAGAACUCAUGACUGUGAUAUUUUAAAAAAAUUGCUGUGAUUAGAAAUUUUAUUGUUUGAUUGCCUGUAUUUUGUUGUCAUUUCAUGCUGGUAUAUCGCCUACAUAGAUUGCAACGUAAUGUAUGUGAAUGAAGAACUGUUAAAUUCUUUUUAUAACGACUUAUAAAUAAUGAGCAAUGUUUGACACGAACGAAAUAACCAUUUCUGUUCAUACUUGCAUCCACGUAUGUUCGUUUUAAUUGAUUGUCAUCGUUACCUUAUUAGCCGUUGCGAUGCGAUUAGUUUAAGUAUAGAGAAAGAUGCUGUUACAUGAAGUGGUAAUGAAUACUUACUGCAACAGCUAGCGCCCCUUCGAUAUUUUUGUCAAUAUCUUUCAUAAUACUAAGAGUGCAUUUACGAAUGUUCUUAAGAAUAUGAAACAUGUUAUUGAUGAAAUAUAAAAAAAAUCAAUAAAAUUAAACAAUGCUUUUUUAUCAGUUUAUGUAUUUUACGGCCUCAACUCAAUAUUGAACGUUCACAAAGACAUACAUAAAUGACUACAAUCUACAUACGAGCAAUUCAUGACAAAAGAUAAAAGAACAUAUUUUGGAAACAAAUUUAAAUUUUAAUUAAAAUUUAACAAGAGAGAAUUUAGUUAUGAACACCUUUGUUUCAUCAUAAAUGACAUUUGCUCAAAUGAUUAAAAUAAAUAUUCAUCAGUAUUUCUGUAACAUAAAACAGGCAUAGUAUUUUAAAGGAAGUGAAUGAUAUUUUAGCAUAAUUCGAUUUUGUUAUAUUUUCCUAUCUUCUUAAAAACGUGUGUAAGUUUUCAGUUUGCUUUAUCCCAUAUAUUGCCAGACAUACUAAGGCUGCGUUAGAAGAUUGGAUCAGAGUUUGUGUGGUGUACAUUAUGAAUUGUUUUUGUUCUGUAGUGUAUCUAUGCGCAAAAGUGAAUGUUAAUAAAGUUUAAAAAUGG